UGACUUGCUUAGUUUUUCCACUUCUUGCGUUUUAAUUAAGGUGAUUUCCUCAUUCAUUUUUUUUUUUUUUGCUUAAUACAUUACAAAUAUUACACAUCAACUGGUCUCACAAUGUCAUUGUUUGUAGAUUGCAUAAUAUUGUGUAUUCCCAUGCACAUCAUCAUUUUUAAGUUUCAAAUAGGAAAAAAAAAUUUCUCCCGUAUUUUGUGGCUAAAAGGGCUAAAAUUAACUUUCUUUCUUUUUACUUGGGUAAACUGUGCUGUGUGACAUCCUCAAUACCAUUUUUAAACCUGUGUACUGAAUUUACACAUCAUCACCUCCUAUAAGUGUAACAUUUUGCAUCUGUUUUAAUUUGAACAAAACCCCCAGAAUUGUUUUAAAAUGUCAAAACCAAAAAAACAUUUGGCUUGUCUAAUUUGUUUGGGUCUUUGGACAGGUACUGCAGCCAUUUCCAUUAUAAAUGUCAGGCUAAAAUAAUCACCUCCUGGUUUCAGUCACAACACCAUAAUAAUGUAAUAUAAGCUCCCAGAGCACUGUUUUUGUGCUGAUGUUAAUGCCACGGGAGUUUUUGGAACUUUGAAGAUGCCGAGUCAUAUCUACAAAUAUAACAGCAGAGCACUACUGACUCUUACACACCAUGUGCCUCAGCGACAUCCCCCUCACGCUCUAACUUCACGUGGUCAACCACUUUGUGGCUAAGUUGCUGUGCUUCCUAAAUGUUUCCACUUUGCAAUAAUACCAGCUGAUUGAGGGAAACAAUUUCACAAAUUGUUACAAAUGUGGCAGUCUAUGCUCUGCUGGACUGAAAACACCCGAAUUUAAAGAUAAAGAGGGACUGUUUCUGUCCUUUGUUGUGUAAUUACAAUUCAGUAAUGAGUCUUAUCAAUCUUUAAAAAACUAAAAUGUAGGAUUCCCCAAAAGAUCUAAUUAUAAUUUCAGGAACUGACACUGAUAUAUCCAUGAUAAUCGAAUCUGUUUUAUCUGUCUAAUCUCUCUUACAGGAAUAAUACAGCACUCUUAACAAGUUUUCCCUUUUUCUGUAGUCUCUUUUCUCCAUAAUUUCAGCAUCAUUGUUUAAGCCCAUUCAUUCAGUCCUGGCAGAAACUGGAAGUUUUCUUGAAAAACCUUAAUUACGCAAGCAUUGAUUAAUUGGAUUUGCCUUUGAAAGAAGUGCGGCAUUCCCACCUUGACAAUGACAUACCGUCUAUCAUUCAGCUGCUAUGAGGAAGGAAUGCAAAAUAAAUACAAAGGAAGUUAAAGAGUUGUUAAGCCACUUGUAUAAUAUUGAGAAAGAUCACACCGUGCACACACACACACAGGGAAGUGGAUGUGGUAUAAGGUUAACAUGAUAUGACAUUUUCAGUCCUCAUAAGAAUACGAAAUAGGAUACUGGGGGGGAAAAACCUUUUACUUAAUUGAAGUGAGGGUCCAAGCAAGGAAAUUGCAUUUCCUUUCAAAACAGCAUAAAACACACUCCCCUUGAGUCAUCUGUUGCCAUUUUUUUUUUUUUAAAUAAACAAAGGUUAAUCAAAAGAAACCCCUAUACCUAUGUGUAUUUAUAGGAAAGGGUCUACGAGUUGUAAUUACAGAUGCAACCACACAUGCAUGCUUAAAUGUUAGUGGUUGUUUUGGAAAGAAAACGCUCUUUACAGGUAACUUCCCAGAUGUGUAUGUUAAAAAAAAGAAAAUGCAACAGUGAUUUUUCCAUUUGGUCAUUGCGUUUACAAAACUUAUUCAGAUAAUCCUGUUUUGUUUUUUGUUUUGUUUAUAAUCUGGGUUUUCUCCUUUAUUUCGUCCCUGAUGAUUCUGUUCUCUUGACGCAUUCUGUGGAAGCGUCCUUUUUCUUGUUCUUCUUUAGAAGUCCCAUGACGGCUUUCUAGAUUACCUGCUCCGCUUUCAGUGGCGCAUAAUCGUGUUUAAACAUUUUAGGGGUUGCAGUUCUGUUUUCCAGAAGUUUCUGUAUCAUUGGUUGGCCUUACUUCCCCCCCAAAGUGGUUAGUGUGAUCGCACAAUCAUACAUCAAUUUACAACUUGGACUUUUGUACCGAAUGAAUUGUUGUCUCCAACACAGCUGAGUUAAUCAAGCUUAAGAAAAGAGGAGAGCCGGGUGGAAAGUGGUGAUUUAAUCUCAUUAAUCCAUUUAUUUUGAUCUUUCAUUAAAUUUCCUUUCAUGUGCAGUGUGGUCCAUUGUCAUCGUCAUCACUGUUCAGGUAUUAAAGAGUUCCUGUUUUGAGUGGGGAUUUCUCAGCCUGACACAUAAAUGCAGCUGCAGCUGCUGCAGUUACACAGACAAACACUGCUUACUACAUCUGGUUCCAGUGUGAAAUUUUGGAUCAAGUUUUGCAAGGAUGCAUACAUUUUUGCUCAUGGUUGUGUGGGCUAUACUGAGUGGCGCCAUCUCUGACACCCAGCAGGCCGAUGUUGAGACACUCAUGGAUAAUGUUGUGGUCCUGAGGGUGCCCUCUUUCACGGGUAGCAUGGUUCACGUUCCUUUGACCUGCGGAGAAGCUUUUCAGAAUGAGCCUGUGUUUUGGAAGAAAAAUGGUCAGGAGCUCAAUCCGCCUCUGCAGGGGAACCAAGUCCAGGUCCUGGUGGAGGAGAUGAAAGGAGGAAACUACACUUGCCACCUCAGUCCAAGUGGAGGAUACCUGAACCACACUCUGAUCCUAAUCCAGCUUAAUCCAGACAACAGGACAGUCAUAUUGGAAAACAGAGAAGGAGGUCACAUCCACUGCUCGGCACCAAACUAUACAGGAUCCUUUCACUGCUCCUGGAAAAGAACAGCGCUCAGAUCUGAUGCCAGUGUGGUCUUGGUAAAGGCCGAACGUUUUACCGAAGAUAUCUCCUGUGAGCUGGAUGGUGAUGCAUCAGGGGUUCGCUGCCAGGAUGCCCACUGCCCAUACAAAGAGGAGCAACAUCGCAUUUCCGUCACCGUUUACAUACGCAGCCAUGCUCGUUUGGAGGCCUACACAAAGUCUUUCUACCUGAGAGAAAUCGUGAGACCGGCAAAACUCCCUAACCUGCACAUCAGUGAUGGGAAGGUGUUCAGCUGGGACUACCCUGAUACUUGGGAGAAGCCCUGCACGUUCUUUGGCCUACAGUUUGAGGUCAAGCUGGUGCACAGUGGACAUCCCUGCAACAGUGACAAUCAAAUAAUUAAUAUCACCACUGAUACAACCAAAUACGAGGUUGGCGUUAAGACCAAGAAGUAUGUUUUCUGUGUGCGAGCUCAGGACAAGUUCACCAGAGGGCCGUGGAGCCACUGGAGUCAGUGCACAGUGAACAAACAUAACGUGGCGUGCUAAGCGUUAGCCGCUGGACUCUGCUGCCACACCAGAAAGAGGAAAACAGUUUUUAAAAAUAUUGUAAUUCAGAAGAAAAAAAGUGGUCUAAUACAUUUUUUUUCAAGUGAUGCACAACAUAUGAAGCUGUGCUUCAGGAGUGAAUGUAUACCUGUACAGUAUUUAUUCAUCCCUCUUCAUCCCCAUUCGUUAUGUCUGUGGAACUACAGCACAAUGUUAAAAUAAUGAUUUGUACUGUGAUUGAAAUGAAUUAGUAUUUCCUUCAUGCCCUUGGUAACUUAUUUAUAUCUGUUCAGAAUGUUUCUCGACAUUUUAUAAUAAAUUAAUGAACAUA